UGCCUGACAGAGGAGAAGAUUAGCCUGCUCCUCCAGCUGAUCGCAGAGGAACUAGAGCACAAAACGGAGGGAGAGAAACCGCUGAUUAAAUUUGCCACGGAAAUCCUGCAAGUGCACGUUCCUGCCUGCGUCCUGGCUCUGUGCGGCUGGACUUGCAGUGCCGCGUCUGGCUCCGUGCACCUCUCGCUCAUCACCUGCUCCCGCUGCAUGAGGAAGGUGGGACUUUGGGGCUUUCAUCAACUGGAGUCUGUGGGGCCAGAGCUGGACUCCUGCGGCCUGAGCAGCACUCCGCCAGCACCAGCUGAGCGCUUACUGCUUGUGCCCACGUCUCCGCGCAGGAUGCUCACGCGGAGCCAAGACAUGCUCCUGCCGGGCUCCGAGCAGCACGAGAAGAGCCCGUCCCCAGCCAGCUCUCGCCCGCGGGGCUGGGACUCUCCCGUCCCUGUGGACCGGGUUGAGCUGGAGGUGGCCAGCCCCACUCUGAGGAGCCGCCCCGUCACCCGCAGCAUGGGGCAGGGGGACAACAUGGAGGUGCCAUCCAGUCCUCUCCGCAGAGCCAAGCGGGCACGGCUCUGCUCUUCCAGCAGCUCGGACACUUCUUUGAGGAGCUUCUUUGACCCCAGCUCCCAGCACCGCGACUGGUGUCCCUGGGUCAACGCUGUGGAAGGAGCGGAAGCCCUGAAGGACACCACAGCCGAGACGGAGAAGGAACCCGUGAAGGCAGAGCCAGGCUGGCGAGUGGUACUGAACACGCUCCUCGCCACCAGAAAAUGUGACAGAGUGCCCGAGACGGAGCCUGUGAGUAUCUCGGUGAAGUCCUCCAAGGUGUUCCGCAUUUUCCGGCAGUGGGAGAGCAUGAAUUCCUCCUGA